AGGAGAUGUGUUCUGCAUUCAAUGAUAUGCAGCUAAAUCUCCCUUCAGAUUUUGGAGGAUGCGGCUGUUCUAUUAACCUGCUGGCCAUGUUGAUGGACUUUGCCUUUGUCCUUGCAUUCGUCGUCUCUAGUUUGCCCCAACAAUGCAUCGUGGUCCUUGACGAAUCCUAGGAUUGCUUGACGGGUAAUCACGGCGAUAUGAGAACAUCAUCGGAG